UUUUUGUACGACCAUCACUUUUUCGAUCAUUUACCGUACACGUUUCCAUAGCAGUAAGUUCAGUUUACGGGUUGCUAUGACUAACAACCAAGAGGCGAACGGUAAGAAAAUUACUUACUGUUCAGCUGAACGAAAUUUGUUGAGAUAAAAUGAGAAAGUAUGAACGAUAAAGUUGAAGUCAAAUCUUCCAGAAAUUUGGUGCAAAAAUUUAAAGACAAAAAAGUUACUCACAUAUACCUGAAUGACAGAUACCUGAAAAAAAUCCCUCGAUUAUCAAAUCCUCAAGACCUAAUUGUGGCUUAUUUUCAUAACAAUGAAAUCGAUGAAAUAGCAAAUUUAGGCGGCGCCCAUAACUUAACCAGUUUAUAUUUACAAAAAAAUAGGAUACUUAAGAUAGAAAACUUAAAUAAUUUACAAAAGCUAAAAAAAUUGUAUUUAGGCCACAAUACAAUUAGCGUAGUAGAGGGUUUACAAAAUUUGCAGCAUCUCGAAGAAUUGCAUUUGGAAAAGCAAUAUUUAUGCGAAGGAAAUGCUUUGUGUUUUGACCCUAGAAGUAUUUAUGCAAUUUCCCAAUCUCUUCAAGUAUUAAAUAUAUCUUAUAAUAAAAUACAGACAAUAUCAUCUUUAGCGCCACUAAGAUCAAUAAGGGUAUUUAAUGCUUCCCACAAUGACCUCAGCAACAUUGAUGAGCUUUGUGAAACAAUAAGAGAAUGGUUUUAUCUUAAAGAUCUCUCUUUGGCUCAUAAUCCUAUCUGUAAAAAUCGUUUAUACAAAGAAGACUUAAUCGCCGCAGCUUAUUGUUUAGAAAUUCUGGACCAAAAAAACAUUUCUGAUCAUACGAGAAAUUUUUUGAAACGAUUACACGGGGAGAGAAUAGCGCAUAGACUGCAUAAAAAUAUCAACUUAGCGGAUAAAAUUCCUGAUCUACCAAAAAAUUACCCCUCAGCUAUACAAAAAGCUGUCUCAAUCAGUGUUUUGAAACAAAAUAAAAAACUAAGUGAAGACAAUGCAGAAAUUUUCGACGAGAAAAAUGCUGUUUACAUUCCAUGGAAAACACUACCAACACCUCAAAAUGUUUCAAAAUUGCAACUGGUUACUAAAAACCGGAAGAAAAUAAAAAAACGAAGCGUAAAUGCUGAAGAUAAGUUUGCCCAAUUAAAAAUAUGAUGGCUUAUUUUCUAUUGUUUUUCAAAGGAGCAGUAAAGUGUCAGUUUAUACAAAUA